GAAUUUCAGUUAACGAAAUUGUAAUGUACGCGAAGGCACACACGUAAAAAAUCAGUGCAUUAUAUCAAUAAUUUGGCAGCCUACUAUCGGAUAUGAGGAAAACCCUAGAAGAAACAACAAAUAUCUGAUCAUCGAGAGAAAACUCGGAAAGAAAUCGCGUGAUUUUAUGUUUUACCCGAAGACAAGCUAUCUUGAUUCUGAGGGUGCAAGGAAAACGACCAGUUGUCAGUGAGAACCCUACAUUCGGUUCGUAUCAUUUCGUGACGUGGUACUAGGUGACAUACCAUGCAGUGUGUGACACACGAGAGUUGAUUGGCUGACGAUUUCGUGAUAUGCGUCUGAGUGGGAACACAGUGACAUAACUAUGGCUGGAGGUAUUCACGAAAGAGAAGUUCAGUGGGGCUGGGAGGGGAGUUUUCUUUGAAACCUCUGUGACCUAUGAGAUUCUUAUUUAUGGUCCCUCUACUUUUCAGUUCCUUUUCAGGCUGCCUUUGCAACUUACAUGCCUCUAUGUUUUUCUAGGAUAUGAGGAUUGAUAGGCUACCCCAGGAAUGCAUUGAACGCCUUUCUCGUUUGCUAGAGAAUGGUACAUCAGUUGACUGGAAAGUACUCGCCACCGAAGGAUUUCCAUCCAUUUAUUCUGACCCCAAAAAGUUGGCUAGAAUAGAGAGCAGUCCCCGCCCCGCGUCAGGAUUACUUCAUGAUCUUUGUUUUCGAGGUGAAAGCGUCGAAACUCUUUUAAGAGCCCUGAAAAAGAUUGGAAAUGCACGAGCCGUUUCUGUUAUCCUUGAAGAAGUUCCAGAGUUGGGGAAAAACCGUGUGGAUCGUGAGAUAUCACCUCCCCCAGGAAUCCGCUCUAUGCAACCUGAAGAGGUACAAAUUACUUGUUUUAUUUCUAGUCCUAUAAGAAGAAAAGGAAAAAGUAUCUUCAGCAAGGAAUCAAAGAAUGACAUUCCUUCAUCAUGUAAAGGUAGAAUAUUAAGGAAAAUCCCAUAG